GGAGACGUCAACAAUUCUCUGGUCGAUACAGUUUGAUCAUUUCGAAGACUCGGUCCCGCAAUUUGUUUUGAGGCAUAAUGUUUGUGACUGCGGAACUCCGAUAGCCGUGGCCCGAAGAGGGUACUUCAUUUCGUCCAAUUAGGCGCAGGCGGCGACCGGUCCAUCAAGCCCAUGGCAUCAGGUCGAUACUAGUAAGAGAGAUACUAAGCAGAGCUCAUCUCUUUAGUCUUGAAUCGCCCUCUUUUCACCAUGGCAAGCGGUGAAGCAGAUUGUGGAGCUGAGUGGCCCGAAAGCAUCCUCAUGAAACUUCCCAGUGAAGCGGGAGAUGGGCUUAGAACGAUCCCUGAACGGCUAAAGAAGCUCCGGGAAGAUGGGAGAGUUGAUGAAGUUGAGAUGAUAGUUCAAGCUCUUGGAACUGCUGCUGGUCGAGACGGGGAGUGGAGAGAACAGUUCCGAGACGCAGGCAUUCUGCAGCAUGUCAUACAAGAACUGCGACCAUCAGCGAUCCCAGUUGGACUAGCUCGGCAGUAUUUGAGAGUCAUUGGCAACUGCGUUGUCGACAAUGAGGAAAACCGCGGCAUUAUAUUGGAGAUUCUAGAGACAAUCACUGCAUGUCUUGAUUGGGAACCACUCGCUCUCACAGCACUUGUGGUGAUAUUAAAUCUUUGCAACGAUUACGACCCUGCUCAGGUUCGAGCAGCUGACCUAAGACUCGACCAAACGAUUUCAGAGCGCCUUACGCAGCGAAAGAUACCGGAGGACGGCUGGGAGUAUGCCACCGAGCUGCUGACGUGCAUCACCGAAAAACUCACUCCCGCCCAACUACACGAUUCCACUUCAAUCAACGUGUUUAAAACCAUUCUGGAUUUUGCUGUGGAACACAAGGACAGGGAUAUAUUCGAGAGUUUAGUUCCCGUGCUGGCUCAUUACCUCCAGGAUCCGGCAGUUCAGCAGCAAGCAGCGGCUCCGGAAAUCCUCGAGAAAAUCAUCGAUGUUACCAUUGCCUACGAAGGACAAUUAACACAGGUGGAGGAUGCAUUUCUGGCGCUAGCAUCGAACCCAAACGAUUCUCCCAACGACAUGGAUGACAACGUGAUAGUCAUGGUCGAGCUGGUCAACUCCCUCUCCGCGAUCGCCGGUACAGACGAAUUCGUCAAAACCUCCAGCCUCUCCAGUCCUCAUGUCCGUAAGGUUAGCGAGAGGCUUGUUGAAGGUCGUACAGGACCGUUUACUAUAUGUGCUUGCGUGUUACUCGGUAACAUCACCACGUCAGAUGGUAUUGCCAUGCGCAUGGUACAGGAGCUGGGCAUACAUGCACCUCUACUUGCUAUUCUUUCUCAGCAGGAGGAGCCAGCGUUGCUUUAUGCCGCAGCGGGUUUUAUGAGGCACCUGUCAUACCCUGAGAGCAACAGAGCGGUCUUGGCAAAAGCUGGACUCGUCGAUACCUGCUGUCAUCUCCUCAGCAACAACGACCCUUCUGUAAGAGGAGAAGGGGCCGCAGUCCUGGCCAAACUCGUCUCCAGCGACCUCGCAAUCGUUGAGCAAGUGAUCACAACGAAACUUGACUACAUCGUCACUCAGGCACUGGCCCCUUCAGCGCCAGCCCCAAGCACGGCGAUGAAAAAUGCAAUGAUAGAGCUAGGUCGAGCCAUCGUCAAUAUGCUGAGAUAUCUCUCGCGCCCAGAUACAGGAGACUCCUCGAGAGUUCUGCUCCGCCACGCUCUCGAGACUCCUCUAGUGGCGCGUCCAGUAGCUCGACUGAUCCGACAACGCUUCUUUGCGGAACCCAGAUCCGAAGGCCUACUUGGGCUGGGUCUGAUGGCGCAAGUACCCGAGGGAGCCGUCUGCGUCGUCCAAGAGUUGAAGGAGGAUGGAGGGGUGUUGGAGGCGAUAAAGGAGGUGGCGACAGAGGCGUCGGAGAAGAGUGGAGGAGCAGAGAGCAGCACGGUACAGGGACGCAAUCUGCAAAAUACGCUUGUGUUGUUGCAUGCUCUUGUGCAAAAUGCGGUGAGUAGGCCGAGAGUGUUUAGGGGGUUCUCAUCCGGGCUAAGCAAUGUGUAGGGGGAGGCUAUGGGCACUGAUCUGAGGACAAAGGUUGAUGCCUUGCAAGCGGAAUUAAGCGGCCUUGUGAGAUAGCUGCGACAUCUGGAUACUUGGUGGUGAUGCAGGAAGAAUAAUAGAUGUGUUACGGGACCCCCUUUGGCGAUUAGUCAUCCUUAGCGGUGCUUGUCCACUCGUCUGCGCACUUCCAAGAUUAUAGCACAGUGAAAGCUUCACUAUGACCCGUGUACAGCUAGUUUACUACUUGCAUUGUCGUUUAGAAUAAAGGACG